AAAUACUCGUCGCGACAGCUAAAGUUUCUUUUCUGCAUGACAGGUGUAAUUUUUGCUAGGUACCUAUCGUAUGCGAUGCAAUGAUUUAAUAAGCUUAAUGAGCAUUUAUCAGGAUGUGUUGUUGUUUUUUUCUGAUUAAUUAAUCGUUUGUGUUUUUUUUUUCGGAGCAAAAUAUGAGAAUAGUUUGUUCGAAAAAGUGAUUACUUGAUUGUUUUAAAGUUUAGUUUAAAUUUGGUCGUGCGUGGUGGUUUGAAAAAAGUGUGAUAAGUACCUACCUAUUCGAAAUAAUAUUCGUACAAUGCGAAUGAAUUUUGUUCACUUGUGUCUGGUUUUGGCCCUUUUAGCCUGUGUGAGGGCGAAUUUUACGUUACCCCCUGAUAUUCAGAAAUGUAACACGAGUGAUCCAAAUUUUAAUACUUGUGCGGUGGUGUCGUUUAAUAAAUUGGUGCAUUUGGGAGUUACAGGCAUACCUUCAAUUUCCAUCAAGCCUCUAGAUCCAAUCUUCCUGACACAAGUUUGUUUCGUUUCUUCUCCCGGAAGCCCAAUCAGCAUGGACGUGCAACUGCAAAACGCAACAGUUUAUGGUUUUGCUAAUUUAAGGGUUGUUUCUACACAGGGGACUAAUAUAAAUAACAAUGUAAUCGCGAUGAAGGGAGUGAUUCCACAAAUGAGGGUUUUAUCCAACUACUCGAUGGAUGGAUCCAUUAUGGGUCUCUCUUUGGAGAGAUUUGGAACGGUGGAUAUUGUUUUUUAUAAUUAUACCAUCAAUUACCAAUCCUAUCAUUACCCUGUGGUGAAAAACAAUCUAACCUACCUCACAGUGCGAAAUAUCUCACUAGAUACAGAAUAUCACGGAGGAAAUGUGGCUUACACCACAGACCAAGCAACCUCAACACUAGGUAUAACCGACGACGACAUAAACAACGUAAUAAACCAAAACCUGGGCGACAUUUACAACGAAUACGAGGCGACUGUGAAUGCGGCCAUUCUGAGCGUUAUAAGUACAUCGGUGGUAGGAUUCAAUAACGAAGUAUCUCGCGAAGAAUUAUUCGUCAAGUAAACUAGAUAAGAGGUUGUUAUAAUUCGUCGUUAAUUAAUUACGUAAAAUUUGUUCGAUUUGAAUAAAUUCUUAAUUCAUU